UCAGUUUCUCUCCAGGCCACCAUGUCUGCAGGCAACGGCACCCCUUGGGGGUCAGCAGCGGGGGAGGAGGCCUGGGCUGCAUCGGGAGUGGCGGUGGAGGGCUCAGAGCUGCCCACCUUCUCGGCAGCAGCCAAGGUCCGAGUGGGAGUGACCAUUGUGCUGUUUGUUUCUUCGGUUGCAGGGAACCUGGCCGUCCUGUGGUCAGUGACACGGCCGCAACCCAGCCAGCUCCGCCCCUCUCCGGUCAGGACACUCUUCGCCCAUUUAGCAGCUGCCGACUUACUAGUCACUUUUGUGGUUAUGCCCCUAGAUGCCACCUGGAAUAUCACUGUUCAAUGGCUGGCCGGGGACAUCGCAUGUCGGACACUCAUGUUCCUGAAACUAAUGGCCAUGUAUUCUGCAGCUUUCCUGCCUGUGGUCAUUGGACUGGACCGCCAGGCAGCAGUACUCAACCCGCUUGGAUCCCGUUCAGGUGUAAGGAAACUUCUGGGGGCAGCCUGGGGACUUAGUUUCCUGCUUGCCUUGCCCCAGCUGUUCCUGUUCCAUACCGUCCACCGAGCUGGCCCAGUCCCUUUCACUCAGUGUGUCACCAAAGGCAGCUUCAAGGCUCGAUGGCAAGAGACCACCUAUAACCUCUUCACCUUCCGCUGCCUCUUUCUGCUGCCACUGACUGCCAUGGCCAUCUGCUAUAGCCACAUUGUCCUCAGUGUGUCCAGCCCUCAGACAAGGAAGGGGAGCCAUGCCCCUGCUGGUGAAUUUGCCCUCUGCCGCUCCUUUGACAAUUGUCCCCGUGUUCGUCUCUGGGCCCUGAGACUGGCCCUGCUUAUCUUGCUGACCUUCAUCCUCUGCUGGACACCUUAUUACCUACUGGGUCUGUGGUACUGGUUCUCCCCCACCAUGCUAACUGAAGUCCCUCCCAGCCUGAGCCACAUCCUUUUCCUUUUUGGCCUCCUCAAUGCUCCUUUGGAUCCUCUCCUCUAUGGGGCCUUCACCCUUGGCUGCCAAAGAGGGCACCAAGAACUUAGUAUAGACUCUUCUAACGAAGGGUCUGGGAGAAUGCUCCAACAGGAGAUUCAUGCCCUUAGACAGCAGGAAGUACAAAAAACUGUGACAUCAAGAAGUGCAGGAGAAACAAAAGACAUUUCUAUAACAUCUAUCUGAUCCUAACACAGUAUAUAGGAACAAAAUAAUAAGUCUUUAAUACCAUAAGAUCUUAACAUCUCACUUCUACUCCUGCUCUCC